UUUUUGGAUGUCUGGACUUUUCUGACUUGUGGUACUUCUGAUCUGGGUUCUUCUGACUUCUGGACUUCUGGAAUUUCUGAUCUGUUGGGUAUUCGAAAACUCAUCUGGAUACCUUCAUCUGUCACUUGCUACUAUGCUGGCAACAUUUACGGUUCGGACUAUCUGAUAUUCUACCGCAUUCCUGCUAAUCUGAUGUGGUCACGGCUGCUGGACCCACUCCGAUAG